CUGACACAGAGCAUUGCCAAAUUUGGGUAAUUCGCAUAAUUAUAUUCUACGACUAAACUAUUGCAUCAAUAUUACUCAGUAUAAAUUCUGUUUCUUGAGAUCUACGCUCAAAUCGUACUGUCAAACUUCAUGUUCACAUCCAACAAAGAAAACAAUAAAAGAAACGCAAGAGCAGAUACACAUUGAAGAGAAAUAAAAAUGAUAACUGAAGCUAUAGUAACCCUGCUUCUUUUCUGGAUAACAUGGCAUUUCCUCAAAACAUACUUAGAAAGACGGACCAUGCCUCCAGGACCAUGGCCUUAUCCACUAAUUGGUAAUCUUGCCAAUCUGGACUUGCAGUCUGGCAAACCUUUUAACAAACUCAGAGAAAAAUAUGGCGAUAUUGUUAGCGCCACGUUCACCAUACGAUCAGUAAUUGUUAGCAAUAGUUCUCUUGCUCGAGAAGCCCGCCUUGGCUUAAAUAUAAAUAUCACUGUUGAUAUCCUUGAAGAAAUCAUCUUUCCAAUGGAUUGUUUUGUAAGUGGAGACGAUAUUAUAAGUGGCAGGUAUGGAGAAAAAUACAUUUUCCGAAAAAGAGUAUUCAAGUCAGCAAUGCAUAUGUUUGGCGCGGGAAUAGACGCAGCGGAAAAGAGAGGAAAUCACGCAGUAAGAUCGACUAUGGAAAAGAUAUAUUCCUUAAAAGAUCAAACAUUUUCUCCUAAAGAUAUCAUAAGCUCAGCAAUAAUUGUUCAGCUUUGGCAGUGGCUUACCUCGGAAGAGCUACCACUCGACCAUAAUGUAAUCAAACUACUUCUUGAAUUCACAGAACUUGCAGCGAACGUGGAUUAUUUCGCCUCAAUGUUUUACAAAAAGAUACCAUUCUUUAAACUUCUCCCAGUUGAAUUUAGCAGGCGAAUAAAGAGAUCGCAAGCAAUAAAAUCCUCAGUUAUCACACCGGUGUUUAAUUCCCACCUGAAGACAUUCCAUGCUGGUGUAGUUCGUGAUAUGACAGAUAGUUUAAUCCAAGCUUAUAAGAAAGAAGAGUCAAAAACUUUUAAAAAAGAUAUUGGAUGUAUGCAAGAUAUUAAAGAACUAAUGAUUGAUGCCAUCGUUGCUGGUUCUGAUACAACAUCAUCAACAUUAUCUUGGCUUAUACUUUAUAUGGUAUUAUAUCCUGAAGUUCAAGAUAAAAUCCACGAUGAGCUUGACCAAGUGCUAGGGAAAGAUAAACAGCCCUCCUGGCAAGAUGUGACUCUUUUUCCCUAUCUGCAAGCUACAAUAUGCGAGGUCUUGCGCAGAGCAACUCCCGUUCCAAUAAUUGGAAGAAACACAACCAAAGACACAGUCAUCGGAGGAUAUCAUAUACCCAAAGGCACUCUUGUUCUUCUGGAUUUCUUUCAAAUUCACACAAAUGAACGCGAGUGGCCAGAACCUAACAGAUUCAAGCCUGAACGUUUUCUUUCCGAUGACGGAAAAUUUGUUGGUUGGACAAAACACAGUGCCUUUAUGCCGUUUGGUCUUGGAAGAAGAGAAUGUGCUGGCAUUGCGUUUGCAAAAAUCAUGUUGUUUACAUUCGCUGCAACAUUAUUACAUCGACUCAAGUUUGAGUUACCCGAAGGAGCAGAAAAGCCAAGUGAGGAACCACAAACUUCAGCCAUUGUGGCUUCUCCAGCAAACUUUAAAGUUGUGGCAAAGCAACGUCUCAUUAAAUAGACUUUUGACUGACUAGUUAAACGUUUAUUUAUUUGUUGAUUGCUAUGUUUAAAUCAUAUAAAACACAAAAAAACUGAAAUAAUUUUAUUUAUGACAAAAAAUGUUAAGGAAAAAAAUGUGCUGGAAUAUCGUUUGCAAGAUUAGGUUAUUCACGUUUACUGCAGCUUGUUGCAACCGUUCAAGUUUGAGCUUCCUGAAAGAGCAAAGAAACCGGAUGAAGAUGGAUCUCGCAUAGCAAUUGUUAUUUCUCCCGAGAAUUUCCAGGUUGUCGCAAGGAAAAGGUUUUGAGAAAUUGAUUUGCUAUCAUAUUGUUGCAGUGGUAUAAUUUUUUUGGUCAGAGUUUGAUUUAGGAAAAUAGAAAGACAAGGGUAGCAUAGCUAAUUUCAUAAAAACUUGUGAAAUUAUUUAUGGAAAUAAACACAUUCUAAACAGUUCUAAUGUAUCGUAACAUGUAAUUAUUAGUUUUAUGUACUAAAGAAAAUGUGUCAAACGA